AUGCCAGGUAUUUCGAUUUCGGAAGAUCCUUGGCGCUUUUUUGUGAAUUCCGGUGGAACAAUAGAUUACAAUGAAAUCCACAAUAGCGAAUGGCAGUGGCUUGUUCAGGUCUCUUUUAAAUGUAUAUUUUAUAUUAAAGAUCGGUUUUUCAACAGAGCCAGAAAGUGGUAGAAGAUGACCAGCUAAGGCAUUACGUUGAGCUGCGAACUAUGUCAGAGUUGACCUUUGUCAUUUUUUUGAGGUUAAAUUUUUUUAUUCUGUUGGGGCAUUUCAAAGCGGAAAUAACAAAUAAAAAAACCUAAGAACGGCUUCGACACUUUUCGAAUUUAUCUUUUUAUUUUAGGUGCUUCAUAAAGGAUUUCAAAAGGCCGCGUUCAAAGUAGUUUCGCUAAAUAGUCUUUUAUUCUCUUACAUUUUUAUACUUUUUUCGCACUCUGACGGCCAUUUAUAUUUCGCCAAAAUUACUCUGAACGCGAAACAAUCAAAAUAAUUUUCAUGGCUUUUUUUCAGCCACAACAAAUUCUGCGUGAAAUUCAGUCGGACACCGGAGUUUCCAGAAGAAGAGCCUCGCAUCACCGGGUCAUACACUUCUGCUUUUUCCUUCGAGUGGGAUUUUGAGGCAUUUCCAUUGCUUCCCUAGUAAAUUCCACAUUUUCUUUCAAGGGUAGUCGGAAAACGUUGAAGUCUGUGAUUCGGGAGUAUAUUGAUUUUGCGAAAGUUAUGGAUUUUGCAAUCGGCCAGUUUGAUCAACUUUCGCGUGAAGAAUAUGUGGUCUGUUCUCAGUUUGAAGUUUGAAUGGAAAUCGCUCAUAAAAAUCAUUUAGAACUUGGAAUUAAUCUCAACUAACUGAAAAAAUUUGCAAGAGCUGAUUAAGGAAAGAUUGAUUUUUUUAACGCUGCUGAAAAAAAAACGACCGACAGUUUCAAAACGCGCAAAUUCUUUCCCUUUAAACUCGGCAAAAGUACAAAAGCGUCAAUAAGGAAAAAUAAUUUUUAAAAUUUUUUAUUUGUUUAUGAGUUUUCUACUUUUUCAACCACUAGUGUAAACUUGAAUUAGAAUUUAGACUGAGUUUUUGAAAAGUUUUUUGUUCAGAUCAAAUCGCUUGAUGUAGACGAGAAUUAUCCUGAGUGUUUAACGGCUGAAAUCGUUGUUCCUGUACGUUUCAAUCAAUUUCAACCAUUGCAUCUAAACUUUUUUCAAACUUUAUAUUGAUUGCAUUCUUCUAAGGUUUGCAAUGAAACUCUGUGGAUUUCGGUUGAAUGGGCGGAGCCGCAAGAGUUCCCACGAAAACUUCGAUUAUCUAACCCUUCUCGAUUGCAAAAAUUGAAUUGCGAUGAGUGAGUUCCUCCCAAUAAAAACAAAGAAAAAAAGUUUUUCUGCUUAUAGAUGGAACGUGGAACAAAGCAUUGCUCAGAAUUUGCGGCAAAUUUUUAACAAUGGCUUUGAAUUGGAUUCUUCUUAUCGCCAUUGA